AGUCUAAAAAAAGAGAAUUUUCGUUUAUACAAUACUUAUUGAAGGCAUAUAAAUUAUAUAAUAGUUUUUAUUACUUUUAAACCAUGCUCAUUAAUUUCAAAUUGUAUAGGGGCAAAGUUACUACAAAGUCUAACAUCAGUAGUAUGCAAUUAAAAAUUAGUAUUAGUACUGUAACUGGUAAAGAACUCAAAAAAUGUUUACUCUUUUACUACAGCGAUGGUAUAUGUACAUACAUUUUGUUGUUGGCGUAAGCGAUUAUUCAGACAAUACAUCGAAUGCACUUAUAAAAUGUGGUGUUAUAAAAUAGAUGUAUUUUUCACAAAUAUUGCAAUAGCUUUAGAUUGAGAAGAGUACAGCAGAUAUAUACAAGUUUUUCUGUAGGAAUACUAGCAUCCUCUAGUUAUAUUAUAUAAUUAUUUAAAUACAUUAAUCAAUACAUGUUUCAUGUAAGGUAUUAAUCGCUUUGCAGACAUAAAACGCUGUUACACGAUUGCAAAUGUUUGAAUAUAUAAUACUUUCAUUCUCUACCUUAAAAUACAACCCUUAUGUAGCUUAGUUAUAAUUUAUCAACAACUAUCAAUAAGCCACAAACCAACCUCAAAUGAAAUCAAAAUGCAGAAAAUGUACAUUUUAUGAAUUAUUAGCAUUUACUAUUUGGUAAAACUUAUGUGAACUAUUUUGAAAUCCCUGGCAAUUUAAAGGAUACAACAGUUAUUUCUAUAAAUGUGUAAAAAUUUUAUUUAGUACCAUAUGAAUAUGAACACUUACCCAAGAGUUCAUGACGGCCCGCUAUGCUCAGCACUUGACAGAAUGUGACUUAGAUGAUACAUGUUACCUAUAUAUACUGAUUAGAUACAUUCCAGAUGCUGAUCAAUUUGGCAGAUCUACUUUUUUCCCUAAUAUUUUCCUAAAGGUCAGACAGCGACUUUAAUGAGCCGGUCGCAUACCACACACAGGGAAGGACGGUCAUAACAAAUCUUCCAUUCAAGAACUAUUGGAUAAGCAGCAAAUUGGUUUGGCCCAUAAGAGGAACCUACUCAUUAUAAAAUUAGAUGAAACCUCGGAUGUGUCAUCUCACGACAAAAUAAGUGGCCGUGUGAAGGCCGAGGAACCUCUCAACUCAUACGUUGUUAAGAAGCCUUGCAAUCGUCUCUCUGUUGCCGAACUAGUAGCUGCUAUGUACUCACUGGUGUUCUGUAUUGUUAUAAUAAAUGUCUUAUCUCAACUUUACGCUUUUCCACCUACAUUACCAAGACUGUCCGAUUCAAGCCCGAUCAAGAUAAAAUGGUUAUCAGAAGACACUAUAUCUAAGACAAUGACUAACAGAAUUCGUCGUAAAGUGCCAGCGUCCUCAUAUUUUCUCAGCAAAGACACUCCUACUCGUAUAGUAACAAUGAACGGAACUGGAGCUCCACCAGAUCUUCCAUCGCCAUCAUUUUCGGAGUCGUCCUAUAGACCUGGGGCCCCUAGCAGCCAGAGCGAUACUUACCGUCCUGAUGGAUCUUUCUCUUACAGCUAUAACACAGAUAACGGAAUAUCUACAGAUGUGAAAGGAUACCAAAAAAACGUUGCGGGUAACCAAGGACAAGCAAUGGAGGGACAAUAUUCUUACACGUCACCAGAAGGAAGACCCAUACUUACUCUCUGGUACGCGGACGAGACAGGGUUCCAUGCCCAGGGUGCUCAUUUGCCCUUAUUCACCCUGCGUAAUGGAUAAGGACUUAGUGGAUGUUGAAAUGUACUGGACUUAAUUGAUUGAUUCUAAGAAUAAAAAAUAAAUCCAAAUUAUAUAUAUGAA